UAUCAAAGGCCGCUGAGAGAUCUAAUAGGAUCAGGGCAGAGGAGCAACCCCUAUCCCUGGCCCUCCAGAGGUCAUCUACCAACGCGACCAAAGCUGUCUCCGUACUAUGUCUGGACCGGAAGCCGGACUGGAACGGGUCUAGAUAGACAGCUUCAUCCAGGUACCGGGGAAGCUGCCGUGCAAUCACACUCUCUACAACCUUUUUUUGCCACUAUAUUCUGCGAGACUAGCAUUAAGUAGCAGCAGCAGCUGCCGCCUCUGCCCCAGGGCCUUCCCCUGGACACUGGUGUUGCAGACCCCGCUGUCCAGAGGUGGCUCCCCCAAACUGCAUCCAUUCUCCCAUGUCCCCUUUUUUGCAGCCAGAUUUGACUCAAAUAAGUAGGGGGAAAAGAUGAGCCAUUUCCAAUGUUGCAGUUUUAUCCAAUCCAGCCACAGAACUACCCUGCCAGAGCUACACACUGGUGCUGCCCACCAUGGCCCUCCCCUACCCCAAGGUUAGAUAACGCCCCAAAUGUCCUGUAAAACCCCACAUGCAGAUCAAUGAUCCAUUUGGGAUAGUCGUCCUCCUCGGAGAUCAAUCUCAGACUGUGUCUUUGGCCAGAUUCCUAGAACUAGGCUCGGCAAAACUGAGAUGAGUAUCUUAUGGGAACCAGGCCAUCAAUUAAAUCCUCAAUUUAUGAGCAGAAUUUUUGUUUCUAAGCUGUGAGUCUGCUUGAUUUUCAUAAUCUUUAUUGCCAAGGUUGUUAAGUGAAUCACUACAGUUGUUAAAUGAAUAAUAGUCCUUAAGUCAAUCCGGCUCCCCCCCAUUAACUUUUCGUCAACUACGAAAGUCACAAAUGGCCUCGAAUUAUAAUAAAGAUUUGUUUAUUUGUCUCAGAAGCGUCACAGUUAAAAUGAGACACACUAUAUAACAUAAAAGGGACACCGUGGCUUAGUGGGUAAGAGACGCUAAGCUUGUUGAUCGAAAGGUUGGCAGUUCAGUGGUUCGAAUCCCUAGUGCUGUGUAACUUGUCCCAGCUUCUGCCAACCUAGCAGUUCGAAAGCAGGUAAAAAAUGCAAGUAGAAAAAAUAGGGACCCCUUUUGGUGGGAAGGGAACAGUGUUCCGUGCGCCUUUGGUGUUGAGUCAUGCUGGGCACAUGACCACGGAGACGUCUUCAGACAGCGAUGGCUCUUCGGCUUUGAAACGGAGAUGAGCACCGCCCCCUAGAGUCGAGAACGAUAGCACGUGUGCGAAGGGAACCUUUACCUUUUUAUAUAACAUAAAAUAUAAAAUACAAGAUUAAAAUAUGUACAAAUUAAACAGAUUUUUCCCAGAAAUAAUAAAGUCGGGAUAUAAAUAAACGAAUACUGGUACAUGCCAAUUGCCAAGCAUCCAUGUUUUGAGCACAUGACCCCAGGGAUGCUGCAGCAGUCAUGAAGGCCUAGUGGCAAGUCACUUUUUUCAGAACCACCACAGUAAUUUUGAACAAGGGCUAGAUGAGCAGUUGUGUGUGGAGGAGAAAGUGUUCACGUGAAUACAGCAGUCCCGGGUUCUUAGCAGGUUUCAGCAAAUUGUGGCAACCGGUCUCAGAUCUUUGAAGGGGCAGCAGCUCAUCCUACAAUAUCGGCCUUUGUACCAAUCAAGCGUUUCUCUGAAUUCAGGCGGACUUUCCCCAACCCGAUUAGCUGGAUUCCUUCAGUGGCCCGUUUCCUGCCUUCCCCAAAGUAAAGGGAAGCCUAACCGAGAUGAGCAGGUUGGGCUAAAGGAACCGCCCGGAGCGGGGGACGCGCUGCUAUACAACCGCGCCUCCGUCGCCGGUCCUCGCCGGCCCGCCAGGGCAAGCGCAGCCGGAGAGCUCCGCGGGCGGCUCGGGAGGCGACGCCGGGUAGGGAUGCGGGCGGCGGGGCUGCGCGCGAAGUCCCUCCCCUCCUUGUCCCGGCGCUGACCUCGAGGACGGCGACCCUCCCCCACACCCACCACCCACCCAGGCGGCUGGCCCCGCCUCCUGCUCAGGGAGGGCGGCGGCGGCGGCACCGAGAAGGACGCGAGCCCGAGCAGCCGCCUUGCGCUCCCGCCGGCCGGAGCGGGCCGUUGCGGCGGGAUGGUGGUCUUGCUCGGGAGGAACCUCCCUUCGCUGCUGGCGCUCUUCAAGAAGAAGGGUGCUGCUGCCAAGGCGGAGAACGAGGAGAAGCGGCUGAGUGUCCAGUACAAGGCUUUAGAAGACCAGCCGGACAAUGUGUUCUUCCCCAGCAGUCGUGCCCCACAUCUGGAGGAGCUGCACGUCCAGGCCCAGGCGGGACUCAAGUCCUUGCAGAACCUAGAGAAACAGAAGAAGACCAGGAAGCUCUGGGACCACAGUGAGACCAGCAGUAUCCAGCAGUCUUCCCAGUCCACUGAGGGUGAUGACAUUUCCAUCCGAAGCCAAGCCUCCUCGUGCACCACAGAAGAUGCCUCCGAAGACGCCAUGUCUGUCCGCUCUGAGAUGAUCCAGAGAAAAGGCUCCACCUUCCGACCACACGACUCCUUUCUGAAGCCAUCGGGGAAGGGAGAAAAGAGGCGGAGGGAGCGGAGGACCACAGUCCUGGGGUUGCCCCAACAUGUGCAGCAGGAGCUGGGUCUGAGCAACGGGCGUGACUCCACGAAACGUCCUGGCAGCAUUGCCGUCAGAGCCGGCCCAACCCCACAGCCCCUGGUGAAUGGCAGCCAGUUGCCCGGUCCUGCCAUCCAGAUCCCCACCAUCGAUGGGAAGCCUCUAGCCACCGCCCUUCCCGAGCAGGGGCCCCGCAUCUCCCUCCAGGCUCUCGAGGCCCGUGCCUCAGAGGCUGCCCUCCAGCAGCACAUUAGCCGCGUCUACUACGACGACUCGGUGCUGGGCCACAAGACAGCAGCCAAAGUAUCUCCUGUGGCCAGGCCCAAGUCCCUGGCCGUUCCCUGGAUGACCACCCAGCCCAGUUCUCCCGAGCUGCUGAGCCCGGUCAUGUCCAUCUCGCCACAGGGCACCUACCUCUCGAAGAUUAUUCCCAACGCCAUCUUGCCGCCCAUGGUGGAUGUCAUUGCUCUGUCCUGCAACCGGGUGCGUACCCUCAGCCGCUGCAGCCUGGCCACCGCCAGCCCGGCCCUCUCGGUGCGCUCCACAGGUCACUUCCCCGCUGCCCCCCGCAGCCGCGAGCACUCCUCCUCCAGCGACAACUGGAGCCACUCGCAGUCCACAGAGACCAUUGUCUCCAAUGCAUCCACCAUCUCCUCUCACGGGGGCCCCAGCAGCCAGAAGGACGAGGCAGGGCCGAGCGGCAGGGACCCCCCCACAGGCAGGCCUGACUGGCUUGGUCCUUCCAGCCCUGCCAGUUCCAGGCAGGUCAGGGCCUCCCCGGCCUCUCCCAGCCUGCUGGGGGUGCGGGCAGGAGGGAGCAGCGGCCGAGCCUCACCCGCUUACAGCACCAGCAGCGUCGCCGAGGGCUCAGAUGAUGCAAGCGUGCGCAGUGACCGCUCCUCAACCCGGAGUGUCUCACUCCGGAAGAUGAAGGUGGCCCCCUUGCCCCCCCGGAGGACCUAUUCCUUGCACCAGAAGGCUCAGCAGCUGGAAGCCGAAGGGGCGCCCCGAGGAAUGGGGCUGCCUCCCAAGCCGGAGCGGAGGCCCCACCGGGAAGGCGCCCAAUGCCCCAGCCUGGCCAAUGAGGAUGAUGUCUUCUCUCCCAUCUGCCUGGGUGGGACCAGCAGCCUGCAGUCUUGCUUGUCGGACAUCUCUCCCCGGAGCCCAGGGAGGGUCAGCCAACUGAGGGAGGCCGACAGGAAUGAGGCCCAGGAGCCUGGCUCUCCCCACCACUUUGGCCGCACCAUGUCUCCAUCGAGUGGCUACUCCAGCCAGAGCGGCACGCCCACGCUGCACCCCAAAAGCCCCCUCCCUCACACCAUGUCCCCGGGGAAGAAGAGACCGCAACCAAGGAAGCCGGAGCGUGUCUGCUCCCUGCAGUCCCCGGGACCCUCCCUCUCCUCCUCCUCCCUGACCUCCCUCUCCUCCUCGGCCUCUGACCCUGCGCCCCCGGAAGGGAUGGCCGCACCCACCCCCAGCUCCCUCCUGGCCUCUUCUCUGGCCACCCCACGUUAUGUGGACCACUUUGUCAUCCCUCCGCAUCCGAAGGUCCCAGCUCCCUUCUCCCCACCCCCAACCGAGCCAAAGAGCAAGGAAGGAACAGUGGCUGCCUUGCCCCCCAGCAGCCACCCCCCCCAGCAUCCCAGCCCUCUCAACAAGGAGGGCUCACCCCCACCAUCCCCUCCGCCGGCCUACCACCCCCCUCCGCCCCCUGUGAAGAAAGCCGAGCUGAAUGCCGAGGACCCUGGAGCUGUGCUGGUUUCCCCCGAGGCUGAGGUGGGGGCUUCCACAGACCCCUUAUGGCUCCCUCCACCCCCUCCCCUGCUGGAUGAGCAGGAUCUGUCCAUGGCUGAUUUCCCUCCACCAGACGAGGCCUGCUUCCUGCUGCCUCCCCCGCACUUGCAGCCGGAGUCCGAGGAAGCCCCCUCUUUGGAUGCAGGGAGUGCUGAGGCCCCUCCAGAGCCCCAAGAAGCCACCACUGCAGGGCAGGGAGAUGGAACGCCUCUCUCUUUUCCCACGGUGGUGUCCGCAAACUUCCUGCAGCCAGGAAUUCUGCCCCAGCCGGCCCCAAGCACGGAGCCGUUUCCACUUCCCAAAGUCUCUCCAAGCGGAGAACUGUCCGUUUCUCAGCUGGGCUCCAGGCACCCCAAUGCCUCAGGGGUUGCAGCGCCCUCCAGUCUGUCCCCACAGAUUAAGAAGCCCCCCACCAGCUCCAAUCCUGACCUCAAGAAGGAGCCUGCCACGCGCAGCAAGGCCACCUCGGUGCCCAAGGAGGAUGCCAGCCUGCCCAUCGUUACACCAUCCCUGCUGCAGAUGGUCCGCCUGCGCUCAGUCGACGUGGAUGCCCAUGGCCCCGGGAUCAGUCCAGCCGGGACUGGAUCUAUGACCCCUGUAGAGUCCAGCAGAGCAAACUUGGCUGCAGAUGGGAAGACUGGCCCCUUGGCCCCCCAGAAGCCUCUCCGCAAGUCCCUGUCCUUGAGGGGGGGCCAGCCUGCUUCCAAAGAGGGGCUCAACCCCCUGCACGAGGCUGUGCGCCUCAAGGCCUCCACCUUAACUUCCAGGGAAGCCAUGAGUCUCGGAAUGGCCGAGAGGAAGACCGGGAGCCGGGCGGCACUGCCAGGCAACCCUGCCGCCCUGGCUAGCAACGGCCCAGUGUCCCCACUCCACAAAUCCCCCGCCUCCACCGCCAGCUUCAUCUUUGCCAAGAGCCCGAAAAAGCUGGUCAUCGAGACAGCAUCCUCAUCGGAGGCCCAGGCCAGCCUGCAGAAAAACUUGGUGGCUGAACUGAUGACCGUCUCCAGCCAGCGAUCCACAGCGGCCCCGGGGCUGCAUCCGCAGGGCUUGGCCAAGACCCCCAAGUCCCAGAGGAUCCCCCCUCCCAUUGCCAAGAAGCCUUCUCUUGGGCCGGGGCGCAGGCACUCUCCCCUAAGCCCAAAGUCCUCCGGAGCCGAGGAACCGGCAGUUGAGGAGCGGACUAAGAUGGCAGCCUCUGAAAACCAGACCCCUCCCCUGGAAUCUAGCAAUGGCAGCCCCCCAGCUGGGCCAGAAGACCAGUUGCGGAGAAGCCACAGAGCACAAGAAGCAAAAGAGGAGGUGGCGUGAAGGAGGACCCCGCCAGGUACCUUUGCCCGUAAGAUACAGGGAUUUAAAAAGAAAAAUAUUCUCAGGGACCUCUUGGGGCCAGAAGAGAAGCUUUGAUGGUGGCGCCGAAGAAAACAACACCUUCGUCUCCCGUGGCCUUGAUAUUUAUGCAACAGCGGGAUUGGCUUGGAUGUCCUCAGCAAUGCGGUUCUUUUUAACCUGGGGACAAAGGGGAACGUCCCUUCCCACCCUCCCUCCUGUCUCUCCUGGGACUCAAACCUUGCAUUGGUCCUGCUUGGUUUGGUGAUGUUGAAUUCCUCCCCCUCCCCCCGGUUUGGUGUGAGAAAACAGCUUAAGGUAGCAUGAGGACAACUCGGUAUCCGCAGGAAAGACGGUCAAAACUGGAUCAGCUUGUUGCAGUCCCCUCACCCCCACCCCCAAGAUGCCUUUUUAAUGGGUUGCAUUGUCGUUGCUGUUCAGUGUGCAUUUGAGGAGUGGAGGAGAGGCAUGGAAGCACUUUCUCAGAUCACUGGGAUUUGAGGAGGACGGCCAUUGCGGGGAAUUCCUGCUGAGUCUUUCUGGAUGGUGCCGGGUCCCAGAAGAGGCUCCACUGGUAUUUUGCUCUGGCUGUUGUAAACGGCCGAUUCCAGGUAGGAGGUGCCUGUAGGGAACCUCCCUUGCCCACACCGGCUAAAGCACAAAUGACAGUCUGGAAGAUGGCGCAGCCGCCAAAAGACAUGGAUUUUUUCCCAGUCUCUCUUCACCUGUGACCUUAGGGAAGCCCUCCGGGGGAGUCGGGGGAGAAUCUCAGAGCUGUCUUGCAAGGGACAUGAGUAGUCAGCAGGCACCUGACACAAUUGAGGCACACCGUUGAGGCUUGGCAGCCACUGGCGACUGUAGAAUAUAGCUCUCCACUGCCAAAAGAGCAAAAAAAACCCACUGCAUUUUGCACCAAAACAUUCCAGUCUCUGGUCAUGAGGGCAGAGGUUCCACUGGAAAAUUGGGUGACGGACCACUUUAGGCCAGACUUUCCUUCUCCCCCUCCCACCGAGAAAUCCAAGUGAUAAUGUCACAGGGCGCCUCCACUUGUGUUUUAUUUGUGGUGAAUUUGCCCCUCCUUUACCCAUGGGGACAGAGGUGCAGAGUAAUUGGAUCUGAUGUACACACCCUUCUGUGGAGUGGCAGGGGCUGGGCGUGUAGAGAAGCAGCUCUUGGUAGAAGUUGGGGCGGUGGGGGGCGCAGGGGGCCCCAGAUUCCAUCCAGACUGGAUGCAGAAACACUCGGUGGUGUGACUCAGGGUGUCCUGAUCUGGCCAUGAGGGUCUGCAGUCUUCUUGGGGUCUUCUCUCCCCCACCAGGCAGGCCAGCAGUGGCUCAUCCUAGAGGUCUUUUUGGUACCCAGAACGCAUUGAGGGCAGCCUCCACCAUCCCGGGGGCCCUCCAGUGUCCAGAUCACUUGCAAUGCCUAUGGUCUAGCCAUACUGGCUGGGGAGGAUGGGAGUUAGGGAGAGCUCGGCAGAAGCAGCUGUGGACCAGGGUGGUUUUGUGGCCUCCUGACACAAGUGCAAGAAUAGGGCUGGGCAUAGUCAACUAUUCCAAGUAACAAGAGUCGACCUGGUCGACUGAGAUGUUAGCAAAUGGUGCUGACUCAGAGGGACCCUCUGCAGAAGGGCGAAGGGGGCACCAAGACCAGUGCCCUUCUCCUUUCCCAAACAACCACACGUGCCUGCAGCGGCAAAUGCCCCCCUCAGCCCCUCAGCCCCAGGGCACACUGUGGGAGGCUUGCCACCAUCCUCAAGGAGGUCAGGGUUUUAAGUUUGCACCAGAAGUCCAGCCGGACGUUGCUGGUGCAAAUCCAGGGCUCUCUUCUUUGGCCGACGUGCCAAGAGCGGAGGGGAGAAAGAUGGAGGUGGUGGUCACAGCCCCAUCUUGCCUUUGGCUGCUCUCUGGAGAGCCAGCAGGGGAGGGGCUCACACCGCAAAGGAGACCAAAAAGCUCUGCCUGGUUUUGUCUCUCCCACCUAAUCCCCCCCCCCACCGGUUGGCUUUGCUUUCUCUGUUCUGGGACAGCCGGAGCCGCUCUCUACACCUUGGAAAACCUUGGAGUCUGUUAAAUUGAUUUCCACUGUGGUGGGGAAAGGGAUGGGUUGCUUUUUCUUUUUUAAUGGUCAAUUCUGUUUUAAAAAAAGAUUAAUGUGCAUUUGUAAAAUGACUGAUUAAAAGCUUGCUUGCUGAC